CACCGUGGGAAAAUAAGCCUUAAUUUCGACGAAAAGUGUUCGGGAAAAAAGCUUUAUUGGUAUAUUGGUUUUAGUUUAAUUUGCAUAGAUGUUCGUACUGCUCAAUAAAAUGAGACAGACAUGCAUAAAAUGAGCAGCAGGAAUUCUAGGAGGACAAAUUUUGUUUGACUACAAUGCACCUAAAGCAUGUGGAUUUUGUAGGCGUAUGCCUGUGUGCCGAAAUAAUGCUUUAAUUAUACAAAUUAUAUUCCAAGGUCUGCAGAGAUCGUACUGUUUCGGGAUUAGUAAAGAUAUAUAUAUUUUUUCUUUAAAACCACGUACGUUUUAUACGCAUGUCACUGUAUCGCUGCCUGGGUGUGUGCUGCUGGCACUGCACUGUAGCCGAGGGGACGGCCUUAAGUUUUCGCCGCACGGACACCGGCAGAUUCUUCCACAUCGAUCGGGAUGGAGCCGAAGCGGACGCCUACGGCGGAUCGCGUCGGCUUAAACAAAAAUGGGAGGAGAUCACGGGAGAGUACCGAGACCGACUGCCAAAAUGAACGAGACCGAGCAGCAGCUGCCCCUUACGGAGUACGAUUUCGAGCGACACUUUGACGAGAGAGUCGCUAUCCAGUGGAUGCAGCAAAACUGGAGGAAAUCCUUCGUGUUCUGCGGCCUCUACGCGGCUCUCGUCUUUGGGGGCCAGUACUUUAUGAGGCAGAGACCCAAGUUGGACCUACGGAAGCCCUUGGUGUUGUGGUCGCUCAGCCUUGCCAUCUUUAGCAUCAUCGGGGCUGUGCGGACCGGCUGGUACAUGCUGUACAUCCUGCACACCAGCGGCUUCAAGCAGUCCGUCUGCGACCAGGGCUUCUACAGUGCGCCGGUCAGCAAGUUCUGGGCCUACGCCUUUGUCGUGAGCAAGGCUCCUGAGCUAGGUGACACGGUGUUCAUCGUCCUACGAAAGCAGCGCCUCAUCUUCCUGCACUGGUACCACCACAUCACCGUCCUGCUCUACUCCUGGUACUCCUACAAGGACCAGGUGGCAGGUGGGGGCUGGUUCAUGACCAUGAACUACCUGGUGCACGCCUUCAUGUACAGUUACUACGCCGUGCGGGCGGCCGGCGUGCGUGUACCUCGCCCCCUCGCCAUGGUCAUCACCGCCAUCCAGAUCGCGCAGAUGGUCAUGGGGCUGGCCAUUAGCGCCCUGGUCUACCGCUGGAUGCAGGAAGACCAGUGCCCCUCCUACCUGGACAACAUUGUGUGGGCCACCCUCAUGUACCUCAGCUACUUACUUCUUUUCUCCUCCUUCUUUUACAAGUCCUACCUCAAGGGCAGGGGCAGUAAGGGGGGCAAAGAAGACUAAAGUCCGGUUGGGGGUGGGCGGGGGGGAUAUCAGGAGCUGGGGGUUUAGGGGUGAAGAUUUAGGGCAGGGUUCCCCAGUUCCAGUCCCGGAGGGCCAAUCUGCAUCUACUUAACCUGGUAAUUUGCUUAAGAUGUGUCUGAGGAGGGAAUCCUGCAAACUGUGAUGCAGACCGGCCCUCCAGGACCGGGACUGGGGAAUCCUGGUAUAGGGUACCACGCGACCAACCUGCUGCGAUGUGGGCUGCCCUCCACAUUCGCUAACAUUCUUGAUUUUCCCCAGAGUUGCUUUCUUGGGGCAGAACACGUCUCUUUCCAAAACAACGAAAGGACAACAAACAUGCAUGUCAAACCCAGGAGAAGAUGCGGACGGCCCAGGUCUCUUUGAUUACUCAUUCUGGUAUUCCGCGGAAGGUGGAUCAUGUGUUUCACGGUGAAUUCUGGGAUUGCUUGUGGUUUGUAGCCACAGGAUUAGGGAAGAAUGCCGGAUGUUAGCAGUCGGUCGUCGGACCAAGUUUCUUCUCGAUUGGGUUUAGGGCUCCUUCUUGUUGUCCCUCUGAAUUUGGCACGUGUCCACACCAAGUCUCGAGGCGUUGGUUCACCUCAGAAACACCUACAAGGGAUUUCAGCUUUGCUGAAGCAGUAGACGUCUUUCCAAGUACCAAGCUGAGAUCUUUCAGGCACAGGUAGGAGGAAUACAGGUUCGUGACACAGAAAUCGUAAGUGACACUGGUGUCACCGGUGAUAGAACAUCUUACCUCACAAGGAGCUUACUGGAACAUCUGAGAGUCACUGAGGGACACCAUUAGUUAGAGAGUGCAAUCAGAACCAUCCCUGAGCGUCAGUAUGUAGUUGUCCGAAACUCUCAAUUUAAUGUCAUGUUAGGAAUCCAGUCGGGGUUUUUUUUUUGCCAAUUCGCUCGAGGCAGGAAGCUGUAAAACUCAGUGCUGGGGGCAAAACUACAGGUAUUAGCUGAGGGCCUGAUCUCUGUUUCCAUCAGCCUGGUGCGACACACAAAGUGCUUCAUUAAAAGCAUUCAAGAGACGUGAGACUGCGUGAGUGCUGUCAGCUGAGGCAUCUGGCCAAACCGGCCCUGUGGAAGCCCAGCCUCUCAAGCCGUACCAGAGCGACGAUAAGGACAUCAUGUCACUGAAACCGACUUCCUCGUUCUAGCUGUUUCUCGAUCCUUAGUCACUCUCCUAUUGCGAAACCCUCAGCCAACCAAGGGCUCCUGGAAAAGUCUUGAUACCGCUGAGAGGGACCCAUCUCUAAUUACGCAAACCCAACGCGUAAUUACCUUCCAGUUUGAAAUGACACUUUUAUAUACCGCUAAACAGGCUGCGUUCUGAAUCUGCGAACAGCUAGCUGGAGAGAAGCAGAAAGUUUUCACAAUACGUGGAAUGUGUGGUUUUACGGUUAUCGUGUAAAAUUGGAUAAUGAGAAGUUAUUUAUUUUCUUAACUGCAUGGCAGCUGCAGAAAUAUUACAAGUAGCCCAAGACCUAUCGAUAUUUACAAGCAGUAUUGCAGAACAUUUUGUCUUUUAUACACCAGGUAAUGCUCUAUAUUUAUGUUAGACCAAAGCAAGGCUCUCAGGCAAGCUGAUCUUAUGGCACAAAAACAUCCGGAAAAUGGAGCUUUUAAUAACGGUGGUGGUGAUUUUCAACUCAAUGUUUGUUCAAAAUACAUUUAAACAAAAUGUGUAUUAUCAUAAGGAACAAGAAAUGAAAGAUGUUAUUUGAAAAACGGCGAUGGACAAAUCCGAGUUCCGUUGUGUGUCGUAGAUCCAUGGUGGAUAUGUCCGAGGGGACUAAAGCUGCUGUAACUUCAUUUAAGCCUGAUUCUGAGGUCAUUGAUUUUUGUUCUCAGACCACGCAGGCAAUAUUACUGGGAGCAGAUAAACUCGCGCUCCAAAUAUGAAUUCAUUAAUUUAAAAAAAAAAAAAACUCUUAAUUACAGUGGUCAGUCUCUUAUGAAAAACAUAGACUCUGUGUAAUACUCUGUAUCCACUCUGCAGUUCAUAGUGGAAACGGCAAUAUUUCCAUUGUGUUUGUGUUACAACGUCACUAUCGUUUUUUUAUUGGUUUAUCUAUGUAACUAUGUAACUAAGAUUUAUUUAUCUUCUUAAAAGUUCUGUUGCUUUACUUCCUACACAGGACAGUGGGCGCAAGAACAGCAGACGUAGCGAGGCAGAUAUACUCAUAGCGGUGGUAAGCUGCAGUUCAUAAGCACACCUAAGUAACAGAGAGGUCUGGUGUGUAGUUCGUGCUCGCUAAUGUCACUAUCCCAGGGUUAGGACGAUGACCGCAGAGCGCAUCAUCAGAUACCCAUCGGGAUAAACUUUUCGAGUAAAACCGUAAAACAACAUGGCAGGUCUCAUGUUGAUAUGCGCAUCAUGUCGCUGUGUGAUCUGAGUCCGUUACUUUGCGCCAGAUCGUGUCUGCAUAGCAUAACCUACUUUUUAACAUCAAUCAGUCCAUCCCAAACGCAAGGCGCGAAUUUAUAUUAAACCACGAAGUGUUCUUCGUUUGUGCCGGAGUUGACAAUGACGACCACGAUGGCACGUGUGUGUGUGUGUGUGUGUGUGUGUGUGUGUGUGUUGUUCGGCCAAAAACCCGUCCUUAAAUUAACACAGAUCGUGUGUGAUACAGCAUCAGCCAUAUAGGAGAAGAUGCAGCUUUAGCAGAGACGUUAAUGGUGACGUGACUGAUCCACCUCGUUCUCCGGGAGCGUCUCAUUGUUCAUCUGUAGCAACUGCAAAAACAAACAGUGUAGGGGUUUGUAGCAUAUUGCAGUCUUUAAAGAAAACAAACGUUUAAGGGCUUUGUGUUUAAAUGUUUUAAUAAAAGGACAUCACUUGACUGAAAA